AUGGCAGAGUCAUCGCCAAACGUCCUCUCGAUGUUCGAGACCUUCCGCGACGAGCUUGAUCAGCAUCAUGACCGUCGCGAGCGGUUGAUCAAGACGAGUCGCGAUAUUACGGCUUUAAGCAAGAAGAUUAUCUUCUCCCUCCAACGGUUCGUCUCGCAACCCUCUCGCCUCUAUCUAUCUUUUAUUCUGUCUCCUAGAUAA